AUGGCGAACCGCAGGCUGGGGGUCCCGCAGAGUAUUGAAGCGGACACGCUGUCUGUGAUUGAAAACCCUGCUGCUGUUCGACACCCCUUUGGAAGAGACGGGGCGGGUGUGGAAGGGGCCGCAGGUGUCCACGGCAACCCGGCCUGGCUCAGAGAAAUUCACCGGGAGAAUAAAGGGUCUUCCAAGGUGACCGCCCGCAGGUUGGUGAGAAUCUUGGCCGCAGUGUGUGCAGUUGGGGUCCUGGGGGGUGUAGCUGUUGGAGUUUGGUUCAUAGUAAAACUGCUGUUGCGACCUGCAAUCACCCAAAGCCCAGCAGGUCUGGGAGACACCAAAGAGACCUCCUUCUGCAACGUGACAGAGGACAUCUCUGUCGCUGACCCCAGGAAAGUGUUUUACAGGAUCAGCCCGGAGAACUCGCUCUUGGAGAUCCAGCUGGAGCGGCUGCAGACGUGGCUGCCCGUGUGUUACGAGCGCUGGAACUCCUCCCUUGGCACGCUGGUGUGUCGCCAGCUCGGCUACCUCAGGCUGACCAAGCACAAAGGAGUGAAUCUGACAGAUAUCGGACCAAAUUACACUGACGGCUUCGUUCAAAUUACUUCAGAACACAAAAGCAGUCUAGAAAACAUAUGGCGAUUCAGGGGAAGUUGCCUCACAGGAAAGGUUAUAGCCUUGAAAUGCUUUGAGUGCGGGACUCGGGCCAAGCUGCCCAGGAUCAUCGGGGGCGUGGAGGCCACUUUGGGCAGGUGGCCCUGGCAGGUGAGCCUGUACUACAGCAACCGCCACACCUGCGGAGGCUCCAUCAUCACCAGCCAAUGGAUCGUCACAGCCGCGCACUGCGUCCACAAUUACAGGCUCCCUCAGGUCUCCAGCUGGGUGGUGUAUGCUGGGAUAGUCACUCGAGGCUCAGCCAAGCUCGCCCAGCACACGGGCUACGCCGUGGACAAGAUCUUCUACAACAAAAACUACAACCACAGGAGUCAUGACAAUGACAUCGCCUUGAUGAAGCUCAAGAUUCCUCUCAAUUUUACAGACACCAUCAGGCCAGUGUGUCUGCCACAGUAUGACUAUGACCUUCCAGGAGGAACCCAGUGCUGGAUCUCUGGAUGGGGUUACACACAGCCUGACGAUGUCCAUAUCCCUGACACACUGAAAGAGGCACCGGUCCCGUUGAUAAGCACAAAGAAAUGCAACAGCUCCUGCAUGUAUAACGGAGAGAUCAGCCCCAGAAUGCUUUGUGCCGGGUACACUGAGGGCAAGGUGGAUGCCUGCCAGGGGGAUAGUGGGGGGCCCCUGGUGUGCCAGGACGACAGCGUUUGGAGACUGGUGGGCGUGGUCAGCUGGGGAACAGGUUGUGCCGAGCCUAACCAUCCUGGUGUUUACACCAAGGUGGCUGAGUUUCUGGGAUGGAUAUAUGAGAUGAUCGAGAACUACUGAAAACACAAAGAAAAGGGAAGACGGGAUGGGAGAGCAGCGGAGAUCUGAAAAGAAGC